GCAGAAAUCCUCCGCUGUUCUGGUUUAGAAGGCCAAAUAGCGUCAGGUUGAGCGUACUCCGGUAGCGAUGUCUGCGACAUUACGUGUCCUGUACUCAGUGUCUAGACCAGGCACUUUUGCGGCCAGCAGUCUCAUUCGUCCCUUCAGUUUGUCUGCGCACAGGGACGGAUUCAAGUAUGUGAAUGCUCAGGAGGUUCCCACAGAUAUGAAGUCCAUCACAGAUCGAGCUGCUCAGACGCUCUUGUGGACGGAGCUGUUCCGAGGGUUGGGGAUGACCAUGAGUUACCUGUUCCGUGAGCCAGCCACCAUAAACUACCCGUUUGAGAAGGGUCCCCUGUCGCCCCGUUUCCGUGGUGAGCACGCGCUCCGUCGCUACCCCUCUGGAGAGGAGCGGUGCAUCGCCUGCAAGCUGUGUGAAGCUAUCUGCCCGGCACAGGCGAUCACGAUUGAGGCAGAGCCACGUGCGGACGGCAGUAGGCGGACGACGCGUUAUGACAUCGACAUGACCAAAUGCAUCUACUGUGGCUUCUGUCAGGAGGCCUGUCCCGUCGACGCCAUCGUCGAGGGCCCCAACUUUGAGUUCUCGACAGAGACUCACGAAGAACUGCUUUAUAACAAAGAAAAACUACUCAACAAUGGUGACAAAUGGGAGGCUGAGAUCGCAGCCAACAUUAAGUCAGACUACCUCUAUAGAUAGGCGGUCUGAUUUACACACACAAACACACACACACACACACACACACACACACACACGCUGACUCAGACCGACCAAACUCACUCAGCAAUGACGGACGCUGUUGUUUGACUUUAACCCAGAAAUUAAAGGAGUGACAUUCAAAAUAUCCAACUGUGCAGUUUAAUCAGCUUUAUUCUGUAAUGAAGAGCGUAUACCUUAUUAGAGACUUCCGUUGACUGACUUGAUGACUCACACACACAUACGACACACACACACACCUCACACCUCUCUGUCCAUCCAACACAGUUCCACCAGAGUGUGCUUCAUGUUAGAUUCUGUUUCGGUUGCCAUAGCGUUUCGUGGUUGUACAUACCUCCCGGUUACUGCAGCUCAACCCCUUAUCGACACACAGCGCCCUCUCUCUCCCCCCCCCCCCCCCCCCCCCCCC